UUAAGAGGCAGGUCUGGAGGUUGUGGCCAAUUGCGAAUUCUAGGGUUUAAGGGCGCCAUUUUUCCGAACUCGGCGGUGCGAACCAACAUCAGCAACGCAUGUUCUCUAGGGCUUAGCCAAUUCCCUCGUUCCCUUGUCUUUACCCUCUCUCUUCUUGUUCCUCUGCUCCGUUAAUGUCGGAAAACUCCAUGGAUUCCAAGGGGAAUGAUGCUGCCACUAAUGGCGAACAUGAGGACGCCAAGCCCUUGAACCACAAAGACGAUGGAAGUAGACAUGAUCCUCCCUCUCAUGGCGACGGAGCGAGUGCGGGGAAAAUCUUCGUUGGAGGUUUACCGCGGGAAACGACUUCUGCACAAUUUGUUAAACAUUUUGGUGAUUAUGGAGAAAUUACGGACUCUGUUAUAAUGAAGGACCGGAAGACUGGACAUCCCCGCGGAUUCGGGUUUGUGACUUAUGCUGAUCCCUCUGUGGUAGAUAAAGUCAUUGAGGACACACAUAUUAUUAAUGGGAAACAAGUGGAAAUCAAGCGUACAAUACCCAAAGGAUCUUCCAGCUCUCGUGAUUUCAAGACCAAGAAGAUUUUUGUGGGUGGAAUUCCUACGUCUGUAGACGAAGAUGAGUUCAGGGACUUUUUUAUGCAAUAUGGUGAGGUUAAGGAACACCAGAUUAUGCGGGACCACUCCACUAGUCGGUCUCGUGGGUUUGGUUUUAUUACAUUUGAGACAGAGCAAGCAGUUGAUGAUCUCUUGGCAAAUGGAAACAGACUUGAGUUGGCAGGCAGUCAGGUGGAGAUCAAGAAGGCAGAGCCAAAAAAGUCUAAUCCACCUCCACCCCCUUCUAAAAGAUACCAUGAUUCAAGGCCAAGUUACAGUGGUACCUAUGGGGAUGCAUAUGGGGAGUUUGGAGGUGGUGGGUAUGGUGGUGGUUUUAGGGCUGGUGGACCGUAUGGUGCUCGAGGUGGUGGAUAUGGUGGAUAUGGUGGAAAUGAUUUUAGUGGUUAUGGAAUGUAUGGUACUGGUGGCAUUGGAGCUUACAGAGAAGACCCCUCUAUGGGGUACUCUGCUCGUUAUGGAGCAGGCUUCAGUAGAGGUUAUGAUUUUAGAGGUGGUUAUGGUGGACCUGACGAGAGUUAUGGUGCAUAUAACAGCAGUGCUGCUCCUAAUACUGGUGGGUAUGCAGGUAGCUAUGAUAUGGGCAUUGGCACUGGAUACCCUUCCGGUGGUAGAGGCUCCUUUUAUGGAAGUAGAGGAGGAGGCGGAGGAGGAGGUGGUGGUGGAGGAGGAGGAUAUGAUGGUGCAGGGAGUGCUCCAAGUGGUCGAUAUCAUCCGUACGGACGGUAGUAACUAGUGGUGGGGAACCUUUGUUAAUUGAUGUGCUACCAGGACGGCAAUGCUGAUAAGUUCCCGGUCCUCAAAAUUAUGAUAAAUAUGUGUGCCUCUUACCGUCACAAGAUUCCUGCCAUGUUCAUCAUGAUCACAAUUUUCAGAGAUUUAGAAUUUGACUGUACAAUUGAUUGUGACUAACUUGCUGGAGAUUGUGCUAAGAUUAUGUAUCACCCAUAUAUGCCAUUAAUUUCUUCAUUUUGCUAUCAACAUUUACGUUGUUUUAUUGACAUGGUUAUUUUGAAGAAUGUUUAAUGAAUUGGAAUUUUUCGGUUUCCUUCUA